AUGUUCAAGGCAAUCCCAUCCUCGCGUCUCGCCACCCUCCCCGCUCGCAUCCACCAGCACCGCACCCUCUCCGUUUCUGCAACGGUGAACGCAGCAAAGAACCAAUUCAUAGUCAUCGCCCGGGACUUCACAGACCCCGAAGCCCUCGCCCGCCGCCUCGACGUCCGUCCCAAACACCUCGUCGAAGCCAAGGAACUCAAAAAAUCUGGAAAACUUCAAAUCGGAGGUGCGCUCUUGACGGAUCAUUCGGCUUCGGGAAAGAUGAUUGGAUCGAUUAUGAUCUUCAGCGCUGAGAACGCUGAGGAGGUCCGUCAGCUUGUUGAGAAGGACUACUAUGUCACCGGAAAGGUCUGGGAGCACUACCAGAUCCUCCCCUUCCGUACCGCCGACUUGUCCUAG